AUGAACAAUGCUGUGAACGGAACGGAGACUUUCAUCUCGGAUUCCGUCACAUUUGUCUACAGUUUUGUAUUAAUGAUCAUGUCGCUGACAACGAUUUUUGCUCUUUGUGGUUGCUUUAUGAGACCGCUUUAUCGCCGGAUUCAUCGUCACGUUUUUUCGGGCCGAACACUCCCUUCGAGCCCUGGAGGAACGCUUUUG